AAAUCUAUGCACUUAUAAAAGAGUGAGAUUUUAGUGAGAUGCUGUGUCCUCUGUGCUCUGUUCAGUUGUAAUAACGAAGGUGUAAUGUUUGUUCAGUCCUUUAUUCAGUAAGUUCACACCCUCUCCCAUUUAUUGAACAGGAAUUUUGACAUACCUGUGUAUUGAACCCAAGAACUCAGAUUAUAAUUUUUUUUAAUGUUUUGAGCCUGUAUAGUAGGUUUCCCACAUACCACUUUUCCAUAAGUAAAAAGAGGCCAAGAGGAGAAAGUUGAUGGUAAAUCUUUAAAAUAAAGUUAACUAUUUCUUAUUUUUUUUUACCUUCAGUACAUUAGUUAACAUGAACUAACAAUGAACAAUACAUUUACAGCACUUAUUAAUCUUUUUACAUUUCUAACUUAUUAAUCUUCAUCUUCAUUUAACAUUAAAAGUAGUUUAUGUUAACAUUAGUUAAUGCAUUAUGCGCUGACAUGAACUAACAAUGAACAAUUGUAUAUUUUUAAAUUAACUUUAAUCAAAAUUAAAAACUUCUUUUAAUUUUUAGCUGAUUAUACCUAAUGGAUUUACAAAUUUUAACAAAUAGAACCUUGUUAUAAAGUGUUACCAAUUUGAUAAAAAGUGCUAGAGUUAUCGGGGCCUGGGUAGCUCAGUGAGUAUUGAUGCUGACUACCACCCGUGUGGUUCACGAGUUUGAAUCCCAGGGUGUGCUGAGUGACUCCAUCCAGGACUCCUAAUCAACCAAAUUGGCCCGGUUGCUAGGGAGGGUAGAGCCACAUGGGGUAACCUCCUUGUGUUCGCUAUAAUGUGGUUCUCGCUCUCGCUCUCGGUGGGGGUGCAUGGUGGGUUGUGCGUGGAUGCCACGGAGAAUAGUCCACAUACGCUAUGUCUCCACGGUAAACACGUGAUAAAAUGCGCGGAUUGAUGGUCUCAGACAUGGAGGCAACUGAGCUUCGUCCUCCAACACCCAGAUAGAGCUGAGUCACUACACCACUAUGAGGACUUAGUGUGCAUUGGGAACUUGGUAUUCCAAAUUGGGAGAAAAAAGGGAGCGAAAAAAAGGUGCUAGUGUUAGUAGCUGUCAAUAAAUUAUUAUAUAUUUACCUAUGAAGGGUGCAAAAAAGUUCAAACUAUUUAAGCUCAUAAGUAAAUAUUGCAUGAACAAUGUUGCCUGAAUGAACAAUGGAAUGUCAGCCUCAUCUUUAUGGUUACGACAAACAUAAUUGGAACUGUCUUUGUGUCGACGCUUGUAAAAUAAAGAAUGGUUUUGAAUGCUAAGCUCCUGCUCAAUCAAAGGUAUUAGUUCUGAUGUUCCUGUCUGGCCACUUUGCGUGAAAGCUGUGGGAGGGGUAAUACCUUGGUUAUGCAAGUCAAAUUUUAAAUAGCUCCAAAACCGAAACUGUUUUAACACUUUUGAUGCAAGGUCUUAACGGAAGAACAAACACACCAGCUCGCUUUUUGUUUUUGAAAGAUUUUCAAGAAAUAGAACAGACUUCUUCUAGCUUAGGAACCGUUUUUGGCCAGCAAUAAGUUUAAAAUGAAUUCACCUCUGUCUUUAGAGAUAAAGUGCUCAGUGUGUUUAAGUGAUUUUACUGAUCCGGUGAUGCUCUCUUGUGAGCAUUCGUUCUGCCGACAAUGCAUCACAGGCCACAUGCAGGCCAGCCUGGGACCAAGCGCCUGUCCAGAAUGCAAUCGUCCUUAUAACGAAAAAGAUUUCAAGUCUAGUCGUCUACUGAGGAACAUGACUACAACGGUGAGAGAGCACCUCACUUCAGAGCAGAAGACAGGGUACACAGAGAGUCCCACUUCUAAAGAUGAAACACAGCCCUCGAAGCCUCCAGAAAUUGAAAGGAUGCUGAUAUGCUCGGAGCACGAUGAGAAGCUUAAACUGUUCUGUGAGACUGAUCAGAAGCUGGUGUGCGUCAUCUGCAGAGAUGUAGACAAACAUCAAGGACACACCUUUAAACCAGUGAAAGAGGCUACACAGAUAAACAAGGGCGAGCUAAAGGCUGCUUUGGGUUUCCUUGCCAAAGAAAAUGGGCAGCUGGAUUACAUGAUACAACAACAGACAACUGAGAUAUCCAAAACAGAGGACAAAUCCACAAAAAUAUCAGCCCAGAUCUCUGCUCAGUUUGAGGAACUGCACCAGUUCUUGAAACAGAAAGAGGAGGUGGUGAAGAAACAGUUGGAGAGGGAGGAGAAGAGUGUUACUAAAGCCAUGCAACAGAACCUGUCUGCAAUAAAUACAAAAUUCAUGGAGAGCAAAGAGAAGGAAGUUAUUUUGCAGUCAGCACUGGAGAUUGAUCAACCAGAUCACUUUCUACAGUGGUGGAAUGAAAAAGGAUUACCCAUGACAGAGGGUCUGAAGCAGAAAGGCAGCGUGACACCAAAUAUCAAGUAUAGGUCAAAGGUAAAAUAUGUUACUGUGCUCCCUGACACUCUCUUUCUUGGCCCCCAUGAAACUCACCUGCAGUUCUUUGUGUGGAAGGAAAUGCUGGGAUCCAUUAAACCAGUUCCAGAGUGCUUGACACUGAAAGAUCCUGGAGAUUCAUAUUUAAAAGUGUCUCCAGAGGGCACCGGAAUCCGCCAAGCUGACAGAAUGUCUGGUCUUUAUAAAUACUUCAACCCUGGUACUGUUUCAGUGGAAAACUUCCAAGCUGGCCAGCACUACUGGGAAGUAGAGGUCGGGAAAAAGCAAGACUGGACAGUUGGAAUAAAAAUGGGAACAGAAAAACAGAAAACAAAGUCAGCAGAGCAAGAGAUCCAGCUCCACCUUAAACACAAUAAAGGAUAUGUGCUGUCUUGUAAUGGAGAGGACACUCCAUUAAGUACCAGUGACAAACCAAGGAAAAUAGGGUUGUAUCUGGACUGUGAAAGAAAACAGGUGUCAUUCUAUAAUGCUGAAAGCAUGUCUCUGUGGGCCCAAAGAAACUACAGCUCAAAGCAGCCUUGUUGUCUCAGUCUGGUGCCAGGGCUUUAUCUAGAUGGAAUGAACAGUGACCCUCUCACUGUGUGCUUAUAUGGAUCUAACCCUGGCAAACACUAACAUGUUGGCCCAAUUCAGCAAUUGUUGCACAUUCUCUUUGGCAUGAUAUGUCAUGUUAUAAAACACUUCUGAUGUCAGGCUGAUUGAGAUAAACGGGCCUUCAAAGAUAAGA